AGUUGCCAUGGCGCAGCCGGGCGCUGUCGAGCAAACUGUUUCUUCAACUUAAACGUCUACGUCCAUCGCUUAUGCCGAGCCCAGGACGUCGGCAGAGGAGCUUUUAUCGCAUCUGUUUUUACGUCUUUCUUUGUAUUGGCUUGGGUGUCGCGUGACGUACGCUUUGGCACCGUUGAAAAUGAUCACUCGCUGGAAAUCGCCGCGUGCAUUGUUUUGAUCAUAAAGAAGUGAUGACUUGGCGCUAGAAGAUACGAGCGCUGCAACGACAAUGAACCUCCUCAGCGGGCAGCUGAGGCGCACGGCCCCCAUGCAUGGCAGCAGUCGAAACGAGCUAGUCCCAUCCAAGACUCCGCGGGUGAACGGAUGGACGUGGCCCCCUCAGGUCUUCCAAGUCAUUGCCUGGCUGGUGUACAACUACUUUGCCGUCGUGGCCUUCGGCAUGUUCAUUCCUCUCCUACCGCCGCCCUGGAAAUACGUGCUCUACGCCUUUACAGGUUUGGUAUUUCUUGUGCACUUGCUCAGCCAUGUUGCCGCGGUAACCAUAGAUCCAGCCGAUGCCAGCGUGAGGGCCAAAAAGACGUACAGCGGCCCGAUGCCACUUUUUGACCGCACAGUGCAGCGUCAUGUCAUCCAGGACCUGCACUGUUACCUUUGUGACGUCAAGGUUGGGCCCAAAGCCAAACACUGUAGCGUUUGCAACAAGUGCGUGUCUGAUUUUGAUCACCACUGCCAAUGGCUGAACAACUGUGUGGGUGGCAGGAACUACAGGUACUUCUUUGCAGCAGUGACCUCUGCAGCAGUCGGCGUGGGCCUGCUGGUCGGCGUCAUUCUGUUUAUAUUCAUCCAGCAUUAUCUGAAUCCGAACAUCCUACGGACCGACCCGCAAAUCCAUGGUCUGUUGGCAAACGACACCUGGCUGGUGUUUUUACCAUCAGCCCCCGUAAAGACGAGUUCAGCCGGUCUCCUCAUAGUGGCCUUCUUUACCGCCGUGCUGAGCCUCACAUGCCUGCUGCUGCUCUGGCACCUGCUCUGUUUCCAUUUCUACCUGUUGUGCAAAGGACUAAGCACGUUUGAGUACAUAAAGCUGCAGCGUCCAAAAGAAGCCAGAAGCGGAGACACUGAAGUGGGAAAUCCGCACGACACGCAAAUAAACAACAAGGUCUCCCAGAAUCCAAUGAGAUCUAUGGACUGUGAGCCCAUCCAAAUUCACGGUGCAAGUACUUGCAAGUCGGAUGAUAAAGGACCCCUUUCCAGCCGACUGUCAGAGCCCAUCUGCACCGAGAUGGAACCCAUUAAGAAACCAUCAGAAAAGAAAACCGGCUUUCAUCAUGAAUCACAGAAAUCUGCAGAGAAAGAGAGAGACAGCGAUACGAGCACCGUGAGAAACUGGAAGCCUGACGCCGGCGACGAAGUGCAGAGUGAAAGCGUCAAGUCAGCAGAGAGUGUUCCAGAGGUGCAGGAUCCCCUCGGAAGCUCAGUGAUGACUCCGGAUGAUACGUAACAGUCAGCGGCGCACGAAGAUUAUAUGUUACACUCAGGGAUACCUUGUUAAGAUGAGUUACCAUGGAGCCUUUGGUGUUAAUGAGGACAUCCUCAAUAUGACACCACCACUUCGAUACCAGUCAUGAAGCCUUUUCGAAGAGAACACUUUUUUUUUCAGAAUUACUUAGCUCCACUUUGUCUUUAUGUUUAAUGAUGUCAACUAUUUUUUCAUGUUAUGGACUUGUAUGGCGGUCCGACUUUACUGUCAGCGUCUGUGCCAUUAAUCUUAGCCAAGUAGAUGUUUUUUGGCAUCCGAAGAUCUUUUUUUUUUUUUCCCCCCCAAACGAAAACUGGUCCAAGUACAGGGCAGUAACGCUUAAAUCAUGUCAUUUUAUCUGCUGCCCAAAGCAACAUCCUUGUAUGGUCAAAUCUAUUGAGAAGAAGGGUGGAGCCCAUUCUAGUGGGAGAAGAGGAACAUCACUUCUGUCUCUGAUUGUGUUAAAAGUGUCAUUUCAUUUCAUCGUAAAAAAAAAAUCAAGAACAAUCA